UUCCCUCUCCAGUCUGUAACAACAACCGAAAAUAAAAGGCAUCCCCCAAAGCUGAGCCAGUCCCUCUCAGGAUCUGAGCAAAUGAACAACCUGCUACACGUCUAGGGGAAUCCUUGGCUGCCUGUCACUCUCCUCACAUAUUCAGCUCAACUCAGCAAGGGGAAUGGAUUUGUUGAGACUUUCAUUGAGGAUCCUGCUCUUGCCUUCAGUGCUGGUGCUCUGCUCUGAUCUCUUUCAUUCUGAAUGUUACACAGUCAACGGGGCUGAUUACAGAGGAAGCCAAAACCAGACGUCUUUGGACUGUGGGAAGCUUUGCCUCUUCUGGAAUGAGACCUUUCAGCAUCCAUACAAUACUUUGAAAUACCCCAAUGGUGAGGGAGGUUUGGGAGAUCACAACUACUGCAGGAACCCAGAUGGUGACGUCAGUCCCUGGUGUUACAUAGCAGAACAUGAAGAUGGCGUGUACUGGAAGUAUUGUGACAUUCCAACCUGUAGAAUGCCUGGGAACCUGGGAUGCUUCAAAGACCAUGGAAACCCACCCCCUCUGACCGGUAUCACAGAGACAUCCAAUAAGCAAACAAUUCAGACUUGCAUCACUAUGUGUCGGCGACAACGCUACAAGUAUGCUGGACUGGAGUCUGGGUUUGCUUGCUUCUGUGGUAAUAAUGCAGAUUACAGAAAACAUGGAGAGACGCCAAGCACAGACUGCAACAGUGUUUGUUUUGGGGAUCAUACGCAGCCAUGCGGAGGGGAUGGACGAAUCAUCCUGUUUGACUCACUUAUUGGGGCAUGUGGUGGAAAUUAUACCAAGGAGGCAGCUGUUAUCUACUCCCCAGAUUUUCCGGACUCGUAUGGAUCAGGAAAAGCAUGUUAUUGGACAAUUCAAGUUCCAGGAGCCAUUUUAAUCCGUUUUAACUUUACCUUCUUUGACAUCAGAGACUCACAGGAUAUGGUAGAGCUUUUGGAUGGCUAUACAAAGCAGGUCUUGGUACGAUUUGAUGGCAGAAACCACCCAUCACAGAGCUUUAACAUCUCAUUAGAUUUUGUCAUCUUGUAUUUUUUCUCGGAUCGCAUCAAUCAGGCCCAAGGAUUUGCACUUGUAUACCAAGCAUUCAAGGAAAGAACCAUGGAAAAGCCUCAAUUAUCCAACCAGACACAGACAGAACUGAUAACUCAAACAGCCAACCUGAGCGUCAAUGCAGCACGGUCUUCAAAGAUCCUUUAUGUCAUAACAACUAGUCCUAGCCGGCCAACUGGGCAAGUGCCAGGUUGGACUAUCUACGCACUUACAGCUCUGCUUAUUUUAACCCUCAUUGCCAUUUUGGUGAAAGCACUUCUUCACCUUAAUAUAAAGUCUCAAAGGUUGCCCUCAGUGACCAGUAUAGACAGUUGUCACCGAGGAUCUGCAGGAGAAAUAUGGAGCAUAUUCUACAAACCUUCCACGUCAAUCUCUAUUUUCCCAAAGAAGAUUAAGAGUCCUCAUGAUGAUCGCAACCCAUUAGUAGGAGAAUAAUUGCACUUUGGUCAAAAAUUGUCAAAUCUGCAGAGCUACAUUAGAAGACUACACCAUCUCUGUUCUUAGAAAUUGGUUAAUUAAAUAUAUAUAUAUUUAUGACCGUCUGACAAUCUCUUUGUGGGCUUGAAACACAAGGAGGAGGAGAUGUCAAUGUCUGUCUAGUCCAGAAGCAUUUAGGACCAGGAUGAACACAUACAUUUUCCAGCUAAAAGAGCAAUAGAAAAUAUGCCAGAUGUUCCAAGGUCUACCGUAGCUCUUAUGUCUCAUCACAGGUCAAAGAGAACAUGUGACUGGGGUGGGAUGGCAGGAACACCAGCUUAAUGCUGCAGGCGUUGCAUACAAUCACGCUUCACUCUGCACAGCAGGGCACUCCAUAUUUCAAAGGGAUACUCCUUCUGAUGUACAUUCAGAUCCUCAUUCUUUUUUAAGUAUAUUUAUGAACUUUGGACUUAAAUAUGGAGCACCUGAUACUGUCUGGAUUUCCUACUGCAUCAUGGACAACCAUAGUAAUGAUGGAUUUUUGUAUUGUGUAUAUUUUUCCAUAACUUCUGAACAACAUAAAUCAAAGCUGGAACCAUGACAUUAUGAGCCAUGCAGUUUCCCUCAUUCUAGAGUUUACAUAGUUUCUUGCACAGAAUGAAUGGAUCUGUACAUGGGACUGACAAGUCAGGAAGAUCUUUUACCCUACAUCAUGCAUGGGUGUUUUGUUUUCUGGAUUUUUUUUUCUUUUUUUUUUUCCUUUAUAAUGCUGCAUGAAAAGAGUGUCAAUGUCUAUGGGGCCACUAGCUAACUUAUUAUCAGAAAGUGCAUAUUUGUACCCAUUUUUCAGUUUAUAAUUUAAAUCUGCAUUCUAUAUCAAUGUCUGUCUUGGAAAUGUCUGCCCGCAUAAUUUAUAAAACCUGCUCAGAGAAAGCUUCUGAUCCUUUAUGUUGUGCCUUGCCAUUGUUUAUCUACUUAAACGCAUUGGUGAUUAACGUCUCCUGCAAGAACAUCUGGUCCGUUUUUCUGCAUAAGUGCCUAACAAAAGUUUUCAUCUAAAACACCCUCAGUCCUGAAAAAACUUUGAUUUAAGAUACUAUAUGUAAGAUUUGAGCCUUGUCAUUAAAAAAUGAAAUGAAAUACUGGCUGCAGGAGAAUCUCUGUGUGGAGGAUAGCUAUUCACAAUGGUCUGUAAUUUGGAUAGGAAUGGCACUGACAAACAUUGUAUUAACACUUUAGACUGAAAACUGUUGGGUAAAUUUAUGAAAACUGCAUUUGUUGCUCAAUGUAACUGAUAGUGGGCACCUUUCAUUUUUGAAGAGCUGUAUACGCACUUGAAUAAGAUUUGGGGAUAUUGAUGGACAGGAAUCCUAACUUUAGCGACCUGUGCCAGGCAGCUGCUACCAAGGCAAAUAAAAUUAUGGGAUGCAUCUAAAGAGGCACAUAUGUCAUGUCAGACCAAACAUGGCAUAGUGUGUAGAAUGCUGUGUACCUGUGUUUAACAAUAACAUAGCUGGACUUAAGUGGGCGAAGAGAAGGGCAACUAAGGCAAUUAAGAUGAUGGAUUGCUGAACCAAGACAGGUUAACAAACUUGGGGUCAUUCAGUCUGGAAAAAAAGACCACAUAGGGUCAAUCUAAUUACAACGUACAAAUAUUUAAAUGGCCGAUACAGUGAUCUUUCUAAUGAUCUCUUUACUUCUAGUCAUGUAAUUAUGACAAGAAGGUUGAAAGAAGGUUUCAUCAUUGUCACAGACAGAGUUUCUUUAUUGUGAAGGUACAGCCACAUGGCCAGGAUUCUGCAUGCAGUUUUGGAAGCUAAAAUCAGGAGUGGAUAAUAAAAGUAGAAAAUGUAUACAGGACAGGUACUACUUGUUUUUUUGAACUCACUCCUGGUUAUGGCUUCCAAAACUGCAUGCAUAUCCU